CAUCGAUAUCAAAAAACGCAAAAAAGCCUAAAUGUAGUAUCGUCUACGUACGGGACUAUAUGGACAUCUAUACUGUACUGUACGCACCACCCGCCAUACAUAUAUGCCGGCUGGUCUUCGCCGCCGCCCUGAAAGCCUCUGUCGUCUCUGUGUUCCCAAGGCUCGUCGAAGUUGUCUCUAUAAAGACUCUGUUUUCAAACUCCGCCCGACAUUCCCACAACUCCGCCCGACGACCAACAAUUGCAACUGUGACUUUCUUCAAAUAAGGCUUUUCUUCCUCCGGCCUACAAAAUGGUUGAGAUAACUCCGAACUGGCAACAAGUGUUGAUCCCAAUAGGGGCAGUCCUGAUCGCGUGGAUUGUACACAUCAUUGUGUUCCUCACUGGGAAAUGGGUAGCCCGCCAAACGCCGUGGCCAUUCGAUGAUGAUUUGGUCAACUACAGCAAAUGGCCGUUGUUUACGCUAUUCCCAGUCAUUGCGAUCCUGAUAACGAUAUCAAGAAUCAAUAUCUCGCCAGACACAUAUGUCGACCUGCACAGAGCGUUCAUGGUCAUGUUGAUUCUUUCGCUGGCAUUUUAUGCCUGCAACAUGGUCAGGUUAGCCGCCACGACACUGCAACGAGCACAGAACGUGGAAGCGGAAAACAACCUUCACGCUCGAGUGGUGCACACUCAGAUACAGGUUUUCAAGCGAUUGUGCUAUGGAUUCAUCCUCAUCAUCGCAUUGGCUUGCUGCGUCUUCACUUUUCCCACCGCAUGGCAAAUUGGAGCCUCGCUUCUUGCAAGCGCAGGUGUGAUGGGUAUUGUCCUCGGUAUCGCGGCGAAGCCUAUUCUCGAAAACACCCUCGCAUCCUUUAUUAUCGCCAUCACUCAGCCCAUCUUGUUGGACGACGAGGUGGUUAUUGACGGAGAGUAUGGACGAAUCGAGGGCGUGCACUCAAUGUACAUCGUUGUUCGCACAUGGGAUGCCCGACGACUGAUCAUCCCACUAGCGCGCGUAUUCCAAUCUUCGUUCGAGAACUGGUCGCGCCGCUCUCCAUGGAAGAUCGGAACGGCGUACGUGUACUUUGACCCGAGUGUCCCAAUGGCCGACAUCCGGACAAUCUUCACCCAGCACGUCCUCCCCACCUCCGGUGGACUCUGGGACGGCAAAGUCGCCAACUGUGCAGUGACGGAUGUUACCACCGAUGGGUGGCUUCAAAUCCGUUUCUUAGCAUCGGCACGCGAUCCCAGCAAGGCGUUUGAUCUGCGAUGCCACAUUCGCGAAAAGAUCAUCGAGGAGGUCGGGAGGCGAUACCCAUGGGCGCUCGUUCGGCGGCGCGUCGAAGUCGUAAACGACCCCUUCGCGGCGUUGGAGAAGCUUAAGAGGCAAGAUAGCGGCCUGGACGACGUCUGUAGGGCCGGUCGCGAGCCAUUGCGCAAUCUGCCCAUCUCGGCUGCUCGACCGCUGAGAGACGAGACGACAAUGACGGACAUCCACAAUGUGGUAUCCGACUCUCCAACCCCAAUGUAUGAGAAGGACUACUUCGAUGGUCUGGCUAGGGGUGAUGAUGGCGGCGGACACCAUGGCAGCUAGAAUGUUCCCAUGUAGAUGUAGAACCAUGCGGCAUAGACUUCACGGCGUACAUGUCAUAGACAUUUGC